AUGAAUACAGAUAAUAACAUUGUCGUUACAGCUACUUCUGCUGCUGCUGCUACUGCUGUUGCUGUUGUUGAUACUCAAGAAAAGACAAAUCCAGUACUAGAACAACAAACAACAACAAAUACAGAAACAAAUAAUACUACUGAUGGUGAUACAACAGUUACAACAUCUACAACAUCUACAACAACCGAAGGAGUAGAGGGAGUUGCAGUUGUAGUCGAAUUAACAAAGAGUCAAAAAAAGAAACAAGUAAGACAAGAAAGAUGGAAUGCAGUCAAAGAUUUAAAGAAAGCACAUGAAAGAGAAAAGACAAAAGAAAAGAGAAAGAGAAAGAAACAAUCAAUGUCAUCAGAAGAGAGAUUAGAGUUGAAUAGAGUAAAGAUGCAAAAAAAAAGAGACCCAUCUGAAAUUGAUUGGUGGGGCAACAUCAUAUUUGACUUUCAACAUGCCUCUUUGAUGGGACAACGUGAAAUCAAGAGUCUUAUCACUCAAAUAUCCUUUGCCUAUGGUAAUACACUUAGAUUGGAACGACCACUCUUUAUGGACUUUUGUUCGUUCACGGGACCCGUCAAAGAAUCUUUUGAAGCAUUGCAAGGAUACAUUAAUUGGAAGGUUGGUCGACACGAACAAAGUUACAUGGAUCUAUACAAAAAAGAAGAAUUGGUCUAUCUCACCGCCGAAUCACCAAACAUCAUCAAGGAAUUAGAUCCAACCAAGAAAUAUAUUAUCGGUGCUCUCGUAGAUCACAAUCGUUAUAAAGGUCUAACUUAUAACACUGCCUUGGAACAAGGUAUAGAAACUGCUCAAUUACCAAUCUCUGAAUUUAUUCAAUUAUCUUCAAGAAAGGUUUUGGCUGUUAAUCAUGUAUUUGAUAUUUUAUUAAAACAAACUGUAAAUAAUGAUUGGAAGAAAUCAUUUGAAGAAGUUAUUCCAUCUAGAAAGGUAGCAAAGGAAGGUGAAGAAGAUGGUGAAGAAGGUGAAGAUCAAAGUGGUCAAGAUGGAGAAGAACAAGAUAGUAAUAAUAUUAAUAAUAAGGAAAAAGAAAUAGAAAUAGAAUCAAAUACUAAUACAAAUAAUGGAAAAGACGAAAAUACUACUACAGACAGUUUAACAACUAAAUCAAUAGAAUAA